AUGCAGGCCGAGACCCCUCAUCCCCACUGGACCCCCACACUCAGCAAGGGGCUGGCCCAUAGUGUUGGGCUGGUGACUAGUUCCCCCUUUUCUGGGUUUUUCUGGCUCAAUGUUGUCUUGGAUGAGCAACAUGGUCCCUGGGCUGCCAGUGACAAGGGUGCCACCUCCUGGCGUUGGGCUUGGCACCGGCACCGCACAGCCCACGUGGGGCGGGAACCGGAGUGCUGUAGUUUUCUGAAACGGACUUUUUCCCUCCUAGCCGGAAGGGUCGAGAGGCAGAGACACAACCCCGAAAGGCAGCAGAGACUACAGGAGUCAGCCGUGCACCUCCUGAGAAGCCGCCAGAGCUUGAACGACCUUCUGCUCGAGGUAGAAGGUCCACCAUGUAAAAAAUUGUGUCUGAGCAAAUUGAUUGGUUGUGACAGUCCUGAAGCUUACACUAAUCAUUCUAGUUCAUUUAUAGGCUCUGCUUUGCAGGAUCAGGCCUUGAAGCUGGGGGUUCCUGUGGGAAUCCUGUCGGCCAGGGUGGUCGCCUCCAGCCUGGAGCAGGUCUGUGAGGCUGCAGCAGAGCCCCAUCACCUCGUGCUGCUGAACCCGGAGCAGAGAGAGAAACUGUCUUCUUUGCUAGAGAUUGCUCAGUAUUUACUGGCACACAGCAUGUUCUCACGUCUUUCCUUCUGUCAGGAACUGUGGAAAGUCCAGAAUUCUUUGUUGCUUGAAGCUCUGUGGCGUCUUGAUGCACAGCGCGUUGUGAGCCUCCAAGAGCUGCUGGAAAGCCACCCUGACAUGCAGGCCGUGGUGGCAUGGCUCUCCAGGAACCUGUGCCUUCUGUGCGAACAGAUAGAAACAUCCUGCCAGUACACUGACAUCGCCAGGACUAUGCUUGCUGAUUUUGUGCGAAUGCUUGUUUUGAGUGGAUUUCAGAAAGAUUCAGAUCUGCGAAGAACUGUGGAGCCUGAAAGGAUGCCCCAGGUCGCCCUUGGUGUGCUGCAGAGAAUGCUGAUCUUUGCGCUUGAUGCUUUGGCUGCCGGCGUGCAGGAGGAGUCCUCGUCACACAAGGCAGCACAGUGCUGGUUCAGCGUGUUCAGUGGACACACAUAUUCCAGUAUAAUCUCAACAGAUUCUCCAAAGAGGUUUUUCAGUCAUACUCUGACUCAGAUACUGACUCACAACCCUGUGCUGAAAGUGUCUGAUGCCAUUCAAAUGCAGAGAGACUGGAGCUUUGCCAGGACCCACCCUCUGCUCAGCACGCUGUUCUGCAGGCUCUUUGUGAUGUUGAGUCCAGAGGAGGUGGUUGGCCACUUGCAAGAAGUUCUGGAAACACACGAAGUGAACUGGCAGCAUGUGCUCUGCUGCCUGUCUGUGCUGGUCGUCUGCUUCCCAGAAGCACAGCAGCUGGUCAAAGAUUGGGUGGCCCAUUUGAUGGCCCAUGCGUUUGAGAGCUACCACCUGGACAGCAUGGUCACCGCAUUCCUGGUUGUGCGCCAGGCAGUGCUGGAGAGCCCCUCUGUGUUCCUGUCGUAUGCGGACUGGUUCAAGGCCUCCUUCGGGAGUACACGUGGCUACCACGGCUGCAGCAAGAAGGCACUGGUCUUCCUCUUCAAGUUCUUGUCUGACCUCGUGCCCUUCGAGGCCCCCUGGUACAUGCAGGUGCACAUCCUCCACCCCCCGCUGGUUCCCAGCAAGUACCGCUCCCUCCUCACGGACUAUGUCUCGCUGGCCAAGACGCGGCUGGCUGACCUCCAGGUUUCUAUGGAAAACAUGGGGCUCUACAAGGACUUGUCAUCCGCAGGGGACAUGACAGAGGUAACAUCGCCUUGGGCUGGCCCUGAGGGUCUCACCCAGCACAGCAUAUUCAGGAGGUCCUACUACGUGACCCACUUUCUGCCUGCCCUGCUCACACCUCGAGUGCUCCCGAAAGUCCCUGAUGCCCGAGUGGCUUUUAUAGAGUCUCUGAAGAGAGCAAAUAAAAUUCCCCCAUCUCUAUACUCCAUGUACUGUCAUGCCUGCUCCACGGCUGAAGAGAAGCCACUAGAAGACACAGCCCCAGGAAUCAGGGCAGAACCCAGCUGUGCUGAAGCGCCCCUGGGAUUACUCACGGCUGCACUGGGAGAGCUCAGAGCGUCGAUGGCAAACCCCACCCAGAGCGACGUUAUCUCUGUGCAGAUAGCCAUGAUUUCUGCAAGAGUGAGGGCUGCCUUGGGCCACAGUGAGGAUGAUGGCAGCUUUGAGAUGUCAAAGAUUCAGCUCAGUGUCCUUGCUCCAAAACUUGAGCAGCAAGAACAGAAGGUAGUGGACCUCCUGCUGACGUCUUUUUGUCAGAACCUAAUGGCAGCCUCCAGCUUCACCCCCCCAGAGAGGCAGGGCCCCUGGGCCGCCCUCUUUGUGAGGAUCAUGUGUGGACACAGGCUGCUCCCCGCGGUGCUCACCCGGCUUUGCCAGCUGCUCCGUCAGCAGGGCCCGAGCUUGAGUGUCCCACAGGUACUGGGCUUGGCCGCCCUGGCCAUCCACUUGGGUGAGUCCAGGUCUGCUCUCCCGGAGGUGGAGGUGGACCCUCCUGCCCCUGCCAGGGGCCUCACCGUCCCAGAGCUGUUGGACAGCCUCCUGACCUGCAGCACCAGGGAGUCCUCGCUCUUCUGCCUGAGAUUUUGUACAGCAGCAAUUUCUUAUUCUUUGUGCAAGUUUUCUUCCCAGAAAAAUGAUAUUUUAUACAGCUGUUUAUCUCCAGGCCUUGUAAAAAAGUUUCAGUUCAUCGUGCUCAGGCUGUUCUCAGAGGCCCGAGAACCUCUUUCUCAGGAGGACGCAGCUGGCCUUCCCUGGAGACCCACGCUCCUUCCCUCGGCAGACUGGCAGCGAGCCGCCCUCUCCGUGUGGAGACAGAGGACCUUCCAAGAGCUGUUGAGGGAGAAAGACUUUCACCUAACUUACAGAGACUGGUUACAGCUGGAACUGGACGUGCAGCCUGAAGCUGAUGGUCUUUCAGAUACAGAGAGAUGGGACUUCCACCAGUGGGCGAUCCACGAGCACUUCCUGCCUGCACCCGCUGCUUCUGGGGGCUGUGAGGGAGACCUGGAAGCUGCCUGCACGGUUCUUGUCGAUGUGCUACUGGACUUCUACCAAAGUUCAAGGAGUUAUGACCACUCAGAGAGUUCUGACUUGGUCCUUGGUAGCCGCACAGGAAAUCGGGAUAUUCUUUGCAGAUUGCAGGAGAUGGCUGUUGAGCUGGAGUUGGAGCAAGGCCCAGGGGCCCCACACGGCCGCUCCCCUUCUCAGGGGCACUUCCUCUUUGGGGUUUUUCGCAGACGGCUCCAGGCUCUGGCAAGUGGGUGGGGUGUGGCCGCCAGCCUGCAGAGACAGCGGGAGCUGCUCAUGUACAAACGGAUCCUCCUCUGCAUGCCUCCAUCUGUGCUCGUCAGCAGCUUCCAGGCCAGACAGCCCACCACUCCCAGCUGCGAGGAGUUCUUCCACCUGGUCAACUCUGAGCUGAGAAACUUCUCCCAUGGAGGCGUCCUGACCCACGACAUCACCAUCCACUUCUUCAGGGGGCUCCUGAAUGCCUGUUUACAUAGCAGAGACCCCUCCCUGACAGCCAACAUGACCCUGACUGAGUGCCAGACCAAAUGCCCCUUGAUUUUGACCUCUGCUCUGAUGUGGUGGCCACGCCUGGAGCCAGUGCUGUGCAGUUGGUGGAGGAAACACUUCCAGACCUUGCUGCCCCAAGAGCUGCAGAGGCUGCAGGAGGCCCGGCAGUUUGCCAGCGACUUCCUCACCUCCAGCACAGCCUCCCCCGCGCCCGACGCACCCAACCCUGCCUGGGUCUCGGCGGCAGCGCUACACUUGAUGAUUCAGCAGGUCGGGAAGGAAAGCAUUAGGAGACAGCUGGAGAAACUGGACUGCGAAAGAGAGCAGGUGCUGGUUUUCCUGUUUUUCUUUUCCUUGAUGGGCCUGCUCUCCUCACAUCUGACCCCAAAUGACACCGUUGACUCCCUGAAAACUACAGAAGUUUGUGCUGAGAUCCUCACGUGUUUGGAGAAAAGGAAGAUAUCCUGGCUGGGGCUCUUUGAGUUGACAAAGACAGGUGCCGGGCUUGGGCAGCUUCUCCUCCGCAUGGCCCCGGAUCAGCACACCAGGUUGCUGCCAUUUGCCUUCUACAGCCUUCUCUCCUACUUCGAUGAAGACACUGCUGUCAGGGAAGAGGCCUUCCUGCGUGUUGCUGUCAACAUGUACCUGAAGCUGAUCCAGCUCUUCGUGGCCGGGGAGACGUGUGCAGUCUCGGCUCUGACUGGCAGGAGUCCGGAGCUCCAGGGCCAGGGCAAUCCUGUAGAACUGAUAACAAAAGCUCGCCUUUUUCUGCUGCAGUUAAUACCUCGGUGCCCAAAAAACAGCUUCUCAAACAUGGCAGAGGUCCUGGCUGAUUGUGGAGACAGUGACCCAGAACUGAGUGCUGCUCUCCUGAGCAGGCAGCAGGACGUGCCUGACGCUGACAUGUACCAGGAACCCCGUCUCUUCUGACUGACCCGUCACAGCGCACCAGCCUUGCUCUUUUGUAAAUAAUUUAUUAUGAGCAUAACGCGGAGAUCCUGUUGUACUAAAAAGUGGAUUACAGAUCUCCUUGAUCGCUUUAGCAGGGAAAAGGAAUCGAUUACUUAUAAUCUGUGUCUGGCCCCAAGUUACUUGGUGUUUGAAGGAAAAUAAACUGCUGGUCCCAGAGUGAAGAGAAAGGCUGUGUGGGCUGCACACUGAGCCCACCUCCACCAUACCGAGGGAGAGUGACCCUCCAGAUCCUCCGGCAUGUGGCUGCCGUUUACGUGGAGUGGGGGUACAGCAAGGCUGUGCCAUUGGGAGUAAUGUGAGGAACCAUUAAAAUUGUCUUUAAACCCCA